CGGGUAUCAGAAAGGGCAGGAUACACAUUAACACAAAGCCAGGGACAUUAAUAAAUCCACAGCUGUCCAGAGCUUCAUUGCAUGAGCAGCAGACCUGUGGAGCUCUCACUUCAAAACACUGGAGAACAUCUGCACAACUGUUCUGGUUUCAGGAUCACAUUUAAGCUGAGAGAGGAUUCAAAAUGGAAGAAGAGAUGCAAGACAGAGAUCUCAGGAAAAGGAUGCCUUAUACCAUACAGAGAGAUGUACUGGACGAACUCGGUGUCGACCAAGUUGCUCAGAAAUCAGAUGUCAAGAUUUCAGCAAAAGAAAAACUCAAAGAUGCUGCCAGGUGUACAGGCCCGAGGUUUAAGAGCUGUUUCUUCUCAUUUGUUCCAGUCUUUUCAUGGCUGCCACGAUACCCGUUUCGAGAAAACGCUAUUGGAGAUCUAAUAUCAGGAAUCAGUGUGGGAAUCAUGCACCUGCCACAAGGUAUGGCAUAUGCUUUGCUGGCUGCAGUCCCUCCUGUUUUUGGUCUGUAUUCUUCCUUCUACCCCAUUCUCAUCUACUUCAUAUUUGGAACAUCCAAACACAUCUCUGUGGGUACGUAUGCAGUUAUGAGCGUUAUGAUUGGCAGCGUGACAGAGCGUUUGGCUCCAGACUCGGACUUCAUGUUACCAGGCAAUGACACCAACAGCACCAUCAUAGACAUUGCCAGUCGUGAUGCUGAGAGGGUCAAGAUUGCAGCCACUGUGACUUUCUUAUCAGGCAUUUUCCAGUUGCUCCUCGGCUUGGUUCGUUUCGGUUUUGUGGUGACGUAUCUCUCAGAGCCAUUGGUGAGAGCUUAUACAACAGGGGCCGCCAUUCAUGUUAUUGUCUCCCAGCUCAAAUAUUCCUUUGGCAUCAGUCCACAGCGGUACAGCGGACCUUUGUCUCUUAUAUAUACAGUCAUACAUAUUUGCGCAUUGCUUGGAAAGACUAAUAUUGGUACUUUGGUAGUUAGCAUUGUAACCAUCGUUGGUCUGAUCAUUGCAAAGGAACUUAGUGCCUUGGCAGCACGCAAAAUCCCUGUUCCGAUUCCUGUUGAGCUGAUCACUAUUAUUAUUGCUACUGUGGUAUCGUGGCAGAUGGAUUUGAAGACAGAAUACGGUGUUGAAGUGGUUGGACAAAUCCCAUCAGGUCUGCAGGCUCCUGUGGCACCAGCUGUCUCACUGUUGGGUUCAAUGAUCGGUGAUGCUUUUGCACUGGCUGUUGUUGGUUAUGGUAUUGCUAUCUCACUGGGUCGAAUUUUCGCCCUCAAAUAUGCCUACAAAGUCGAUAGUAACCAGGAGCUCAUAGCGUUGGGUCUGUCAAACUCCAUUGGAGGCUUAUUCAACUGCUUUGCUAUCAGCUGCUCUAUGUCUCGCAGCAUGGUGCAGGUCAGCACAGGGGGGAAGUCACAGGUGGCUGGAGCCAUUUCUGCUCUAGUAAUUCUGGUGAUCUUGUUAAAGAUUGGAGAACUUUUUGAGGAGUUGCCAAAGGCUGUGCUGGCUGCUAUAAUCUAUGUAAACCUGCAUGGCAUGAUGAAGCAGUUUGGAGACAUACCCUCUCUUUGGAAGACCAACAAAGUGGAUAUGGUGGUGUGGGUGAUGACUCUCAUCUUGACAGUGUUGCUUAAUCCUGAUCUGGGACUGGCUGCUUCUAUCGCCUUCUCCAUCCUCACUGUCAUCUUCAGAACUCAACUACCAAAAUACUCUAUUCUUGGCCAGGUUCCUGGCACUGACAUCUAUAAACCAGUAGAGGACUAUAAUCAGGUGAAUGAGAUCCCUGGUAUAAUUAUUUUCCGUUCAUCUGCAACAUUGUAUUUUGCCAACGCUGAAAUGUACAUUGAUGCGCUCUAUGACAAGACUGGGGUCGACGUGGCUAAACUUCUCUCGCACAAGAAAAAACUAGAAGCCAAAAGACUCCGAAAAGAGAAGAAAGCUGCAAAGAAAGCAAAGAAAGAGGCCAAGAAAAGAGCCAAAGAAGCGGCAAGAGCUAUGGGGGAGGAACAACAGAUUUCAGACACGGAUGAAAGUGAGGAAGAAGCAGAGGCAAAUGGGCAUGUGCAUAAUUUGUCAGAACCAAAGGAUGUGACUACUGUGGUGGUGGGGCCUGACCCCGACACCAAGCUCCCAGGGGCAAUCAUUCUUGACCUGAGCCCCGUCAACUUCUUGGAUACAGUUGGCGUGAAGACUCUACGCAAUAUCCAUAAAGAUUAUGGAGAGGCUGGUGUACAGGUGUAUUUAAGUGGCUGCCAGAGAGGUGUUAUGGAGAGUAUGGAGAAGGGCGGUUUCUUCAACGAGAAAGUAACUAAAUCCGUUGUCUUCUCAUCGGUACAUGAUGCUGUUCUUUACUGCCAACAAGGAAACAGCAAGGAGGUUAUGCAGGGAACACAUUUGUAAAUCCAAAUGCCAAACGUUAUACGGAACACUCCGGAGAACAGAGCUGGAUUGUUAUUUAUUGUGCAUUUCAUCAUGGGGAAGAAUAAGCUAAGGAAGGUGUUUUGAUGAAUCAUUCGGGGGGGUUUUUUUAAUAAUAAACAAAGACUCUUUUGAAUGUGAAAUAUGUGAAAAUAGAUCUGCCAUAGAAUGUUAUUGUGUAAGACAAAGCAAAUGUAAAUCAAAUGUUUUAAUGAAGUUUCAGUUAGUUGUGAAACAUCUUAUUCCAAGUUGUGACACUGUAGAUUUCUAGAAUUACAUAUGAAUGUAAACCCAGUUUUCACAAUAUAACCAGACUCCUGGUUAUAGUUCCCAUUUUAGCAAAUAUACACUGCCGUUCAAAAGUUUGGGGUCGGUAUUUUUUUUCUGAAUUGAUCAAAAGUGUCAGUAAAGACAUUUAAAAUGUUACAAAAGAUUUCUUUCAAAUAAAAGCUGUUGUUUUGUCUGUUCAUCUGAGAAUCAGUACUAUUUUUACUGUAUUUGUCAUCCAAAAAAACAUUUUAAAAAAUCCUUACGACCCCAAACAUUUAACCCCUUAACUGUCACCAUCCCACUACACUGUAAAAGACAAUUUGUUGAGUCAACUUAAAAUAAGGCUGAGCUUAGUCAUUUUAAGGCUGCCUUAAAAUUUUAAGUUCAGUCAACUCAAAAAAAGUUUAUUCAACUUGAAAUGUUAAAUUAUACUAAGUGACAACUUAGAUAUUUGAUUUGAAUCAACUUAAAAUUUUAAGGCAGCUGGGUUACUUACCCAUCUGUUAAGUUUAGCAAACACAAAUAUCUAAGUUGUUACUUAGUACAACUUAACAUUUCAAGUUGACUAAACUUAUUUUAGUUGACUGAACUUAACAUUUUAAGGCAGCAGGGUAACAAAUUAUUUUAAGCUUACUCAACAAAUUGUGUUUUUUAUUUUUUACAGUGUAGCGGGACGCCUUCACAAAUUAAUUCUAAUCAUUACAAACUAUGUAUCGUUGGAAAGGUCUCUUAAAUAGAUAUUUUACCACUGUUUUUUGCUACAAAUUAUGUAGGAACAAUAAUAAAUUUACAACAAGAGUGCACCUCAAAACAUCUACAGCAUAACAGGAGGCUUUCUACAUCAUAACAGAAGUACAGUACAUAUAGUUUAUAGUUUCAUUUUUUAAAUGAUUUUACUUAAUAAUUUGCUGAUUGUCUCCUUUAAAAAGAAACCAACUUUAAGUCUGUAUUCAAAAGCGUUCAUGAAUUGUAACAAUUUAAGUUUGGAUAGUCAGCUUUAACAUUAUGUUUAACAAUAGGGGGUGACGGUUAAGGGGCUAAAUGGUGGUGUAAUUAUCAUUUUAAAAAUAUAUAUUUUAGUAUGUAUGUAUAAGCUAUGUAUGCUGUUUGUUAACUUUGUACACUUGUGUAUUUAGAAUCUUUCUAACUUAAAUAAACAGUCAUUUUCUUA